CCGUCCUGAUUGCGGUGAAAUCUGCUUGUGGCGUUCGUGUGUAAAUAAACUGUGUGCUCGUAGCCCGUGUUGUCUAGUGUGUUUGUUUUCACCCUGGAAUGUAUUACCGUUGUGGUAACAGGCAGCCGCACCGUUACAAGGACAAAUCACAUGGUUUGACAUGGACACGUACCAAAACAUUCACACUAUGAUUAAAGUGAAAGUAAAAGUUAUACUGACGAUGCCAGCCACAACUGCUUUGGCGGAAAAAUAAUUUAGCUGCUUGAGAUAUUAAAAAAGACCUACCCGAAGAACAGAAUCACCAAGACAUUGGCUCUAAUAACAGGAUUGGCUGACUUUGAAAUCGAUAAGGAAUGUUUUCAGGGAGGCUGACUCGACUAUUAUAGUCAAUCUUUUAUUAUACGAUACUGCCGUCUGUGGAGCACUAAACCUCCAACCAAAGCAAGAAGGACUGAUAUACUGGAAAUUCUCUUCAAAUUACCAUCCCACUAAAUUAAUCCAGAAUGGCCCAGGAAGAAGCCUACUCCACUCUUAUGCAUGGAAUACAGGAGCUCACCUUCAAAGGGCCAUCUGUACCCAGUGAGCUACUGCUGAAUGGCCAUCAUGCUUUUCCUCUGGCUGUGAACGCCGAAGAUCAGGUCAUCAUAGCUGCCUCGUGCUAUGGCCUUGGCCGCAUAGUGGUGCUGGGGCAUGAGGCGUACCUUCAAGACUUCCCAGAACUAGUUAAGAAUGCCCUGGGUUGGCUACAAGCCCCAUCUGGGAGGGCUACAGUAGGUGUCCAUCCCAGCAGCAAGGCCAUUGUGGGAAACCUCUCCUCAGUUGAUGCAGAGGUCUGCCAGUUCAGAAGUGAUCUGGGAGUUUAUGUUGCAGAUGCCUAUAGUGUCGGCCCAUUUGCUGAGGAUCUGGUGAGUUUCCUCAAAGAAGGAGGAGGUCUUCUUAUUGCUGGCCAGGCCUGGCAUUGGUCUCACACACAUCCUCAAGAAAAUGUACAGCUAAACUUCCCUGGAAACCAGGUGUGUGGUGUGGCUGGUAUUUACCUCACAGAGCGUUAUGGGAAACAUGGAUGUGUCCCAAUUCCAUCAAACAUCCCAUUUAAAUGGUCAUCAUUAGCUCUCGAGGGAGCCUAUUCUACCCUCAUGCAUGGAAUACAGGAGCUCACCUUCAAAGGGCCAUCUGUACCCAGUGAGCUGCUGCUGAAUGGCCAUCAUGCUUUUCCUCUGGCUGUGAACGCCCAAGAUCAGGUCAUCAUAGCUGCCUCGUGCUAUGGCCUUGGCCGCAUAGUGGUGCUGGGGCAUGAGGUGUACCUUCAAGACUUCCCAGACCUAGUUAAGAAUGCCCUGGGUUGGCUACAAGCCCCAUCUGGGAGGGCUAAAGUAGGUGUCCAUCCCAGCAGCAAGGCCAUUGUGGGAAACCUCUCCUCAGUUGAUGCAGAGGUCUGCCAAUUCAGAAGUGAUCUGGGAGUUUAUGUUGCAGAUGCCUAUAGUGUGGAUCCAUUUGCUGAGGAUCUGGUGAGUUUCCUUAAGGCAGGAGGUGGUCUUCUUAUUGCUGGCCAGGCCUGGCACUGGUCUCAUACACAUCCUGGGGAAAAAGUGCUCCUGAACUUCCCUGGAAACCAGGUGUGUGGUGUAGCUGGUAUUUACCUCACAGAGCAUUAUGGGAAACAUGGAGAGAUUCUUGUACCACCAAAACUUCCUCUCAGAGGGUCCUUAAGGUUUAAAAAUGAAAAGGCCAGAGAGGAUCUGGAAUUCUUGCUGAAUCAAGUGUCUGAAUUUGAUAUCCGUGGUGAUUUAGUACCUUCAGAAGUCCUGGUCCAUGGUCCCCUCGCAUUCCCCAUUGGUGCUACACCUGAUGGCAAAGCCUUCCUUGCUGGGGCUCACUAUGGCCAGGGCAGAGUCAUCGUGGCCACUCAUGAGGCCUUUCUCUUUUCUAAGAGUUUAUCCACAUUCUUUCUGAAUGCUCUGCAGUGGUUGGACAAGGGACGCAAUGGGGCAGUUGGUAUUGUACCCAGGCUUCAAAAUGUUACCAACCUUCUAAGCAAGUCUGGUCUUCCUUGUCAGGUGACUGACUUUAAGGAUGACCUUAGUGUCUAUGUGUGCACCUCAUACAGCGGUGAUCACUGCAAAGAAAUCCAGAGCUUUGUUGCUGAAGGUGGAGGACUCCUCAUUGGUGGCCAUGCCUGGUACUGGGCUUACAGCAAUACUGCAGCUAGCGCAUUGACGAAAUACCCAGGCAACCACAUUCUCAACCAGAUGGGUCUAUCGAUCCUGCCCAACACCUUAGAAGCAGGAUUAUACAAAGUUCAGCCAGUAAAGGAAUUAGUAAAGGUGUACCAGUUUCGUCAGUUCCUUACACUUUUUUUUGAUUCCAUGACUCAGAGCCAGAGUCUCAAUGAAGAUCAGAAGGGCUGUCUUCAGAAGAUGGGAAGAGACUGUGCUAAGUACCUCACCAUGUCUGCUCAUGACUGCGCCUCCUAUUCCUCAGUGCUGGAGAUACUAACAGACUUGGUGAAGACAGGGAAAGUCCCACAAGUUUGCGGAAGCUGCCCGGUGAGAAGCACUGAAGACCGUCUGCUCCUUGAAGUUGCCAGUGGUGUAUGCAAGGUAUGCCCAGAUCCGGGUUCUCUCCUGCCCUACAUCAUCAAGGAUCUGCCAGCUCUGCCAACUGUCAGCAAUGCCAAGCUCUGCAUUAGUGCCAGCACAGCAGAUGCUAAAGAAUGGAUUAGCACUGGUUUGUACCUAUCCCCUGGCAUGGGGACAGAUAUGGAGUUUCCCGCCCAAAUAGUGGGCAAAGGUUGGAAGGUGCAGAUUGGCUGCCAGUCUGACAACCUUAAGAGAGCAGAUGUGUUGAAACGAGCACCAGUGGUGUGUGAGUGCUUCCCUGUGGACAACAACAUAGUGCAGGUGUGGAACCUCUGGGGGGGUCUUAUCUACUUGGUCGCCCCACCAAAAUGUCACGUGGUGGGAGAAGAGAUAGUGGUGCAGAAAGCUGUUCGAGCACCAUACUAUAAAUCUGGGGAGACCAGCGUACCUGACUGGGUAAAUAAUAUCCGACAUGCCCCUGCACCCUGGGCUGAGUUAGAGUUUGAGAACCUUAUAAUCUCUCUUAACUCUGAGUCCAUCAGAGACUUGGAUCGGCCAGAUUUGGUGGCGGCUCAGUGGGAUGCCGUCAUGAGGGGUGUGGCCGACCUGGCUGGGAAACCUGCAAAGUUCCCACGCAAGGAGCGAUUUGUGGCAGAUGUGCAGAUCUCAGCGGGAUUCAUGCACUCUGGCUACCCAAUCAUGAUGCAUACCCCAUCGGCUCCUGACUUACUGAAACUAACCAACAAAAAAGAUCCUUGGGGACCACUCCAUGAGUUGGGCCACGAACAGCAGCGGAAUGUCUGGGAGUUUCCCCCACACACCACCGAAGCCACUUGCAACCUGUGGUCAGUGUAUAUAUCCGAGACGGUGCUUGGACUGCCCCGGACAAAAGCCCACCCAUCAUUGCAACCUUCUAAACGAUUUGCCAGGAUCCAGAAUUAUAUCAAAGGAGGGCGAAACCUUAAACACUGGAGUGUCUGGGUGGCACUUGAGACCUACUUGCAGCUCCAGGAGCAAUUUGGCUGGGACCCCUUUAAGAAGGUCUUUGCUGCAUAUCAUGACAUGGAGGGAGUGCCUCAGGACAACAAGGGCAAGAUGAACACAUAUGCAGAGACCUUCUCCAAAGUGGUGAACAGGAACCUGACAUCCUUCUUCAAGGCCUGGGGCUGGCCACUAGAGGCUGCCACUGAGGAGAAGCUCUCAGGUCUGCCUGACUGGAGUGAUCAUCCAAUGGCCCAGUAUGCCUGAGAGAGGAUAGGCUAGUGAGGGUCUUUAAAAUAUGCUUAGGCUUGCUAGAUUGCAAUAAAUUACUCUCAUUUUUGUAAUUUGUUUGGCAUGAAGGACAGUAGAUGAAGAUAUUGUUUUGAGGGUAAGAAAGGGAAAUUCUUAAAUCUAAUUUUUUAAUACCUCUUCAGAACUGCAUUUAGCUCCUUUCAUGUGUCUUUUUCUUAGCUUUUUAUUUUCUUAAUAUUCUAAUAAUUCACUGUCCUAAAAAUGGGAUUGUUCACUCUUCUAAUACUGUGAUGUGUUGUGUAACCUUGCAAUGUAAUCAAAGAGUUAUAUCUGUCUACCAGUUCUAUUUAUUAAAUAAUGAAGGUACAUCUUUACCCAAAAAUAAAUCAUUUUUAGUUGCUACCUC